AAAACACUAUUUUGUUAUAGAAAUCUAACAAUAAAGCCUCUGCGGCUUAACAUUGGGAAUUAAAUCCAUUAAUGACAGUAAAAACUGAGGAGUAAUAUUCCCUCAAAAUUACGCCGCGUCGAGUGAGAAUGCGGCGCUGUGCUUUUCCAAAAUAUCCUGGCAUCGGAAGAUAUUAACUGGUGGACACAUUUCCGUUAAAGGAUAUUGCAGCAUGAAGAAGGAGCAAGUUGUCAACUGUCAGUUUUCGGUUUGGUAUCCGAUAUUCAAGAAACAUACGAUUAAAAGUCUGAUUCUCCCACUGCCUCAGAAUGUAAUAGAUUAUUUACUGGACGAUGGGACACUGGUAGUCUCUGGGAGUGACCAUAACACACAGCAGACUCACACUAACAACAGCAACUCGGAUGCAGAAGAAGACGUUCAGUGGUCAGAUGAUGAGACAACCACCACUGUCACUGCUCCUGAGUUCCCAGAAUUCACCUCUAAAGUGCUGGAGGCUAUAAACGCCCUGGGUGGGCGUGUCUUUCCCAAACUCAACUGGAGCGCUCCUCGGGAUGCCAACUGGAUCGCUCUGAACAGUUCCCUGCAGUGCCACAGCCUCAGCGAUAUAUUCCUGCUCUUCAAGAGUUCCGACUUCAUCACCCACGACCUCACGCAGCCAUUCCUUGUAUGUAGUGACCAGGACUCCCCAGAUCCUGUUAUAAACUAUGAGCUGGUCCUGAGAAAGUGGAGCGAGCUGAUUCCUGGUGGAGAGUUUCGCUGCUUCGUCAAAGAGAACAAGCUGAUCGCUAUCUCCCAGAGAGACUACACUCAGUAUUACCAGCACAUCUUGAAGCAGGAGGAGCAGAUCUGUCAGGCCAUACAGGGAUUCUUCAGCCAGCACAUCCAGUACAACUUCCUGGACGAAGACUUUGUGUUUGAUGUCUACAGAGAUAGCCAGGGGAGGGUGUGGCUGAUCGAUCUGAACCCGUUCGGAGAGGUGACUGACUCGCUGCUUUUCAGCUGGGAGGAGCUGACGUCUGGAGAAAUCACCCAGCAGCAGGAAGGCCCGGCGUUUCGCUACACCAACAGCGAGGUGACGGUGCAGCCCAGUCCCUGUCUGAGCUACAGGAUCCCGCGUGACUUUGUCGACCUCUCCGCUGGAGAAGACGCCUACAAACUCAUUGACUUCUUAAAACUGAAGAAAAGUCAACAGGAAGACUCUGAGGAGGAGGAGGAGAACGCUCCACAGUGACACGGCUCCUCUGAAACCUGAAGAAUAGCUGCUAGUGUCAACAACCCUCUACAUAAUGUUCUCCGCAUGAAGUGACUCUGUAGUCUCUGUCCCGUUUCAGGCUUAUUUUUUCUUUUUUUUUUAAUUCCUGUGAUCAGUACGGUUCCUAGAUAGCUCAUAGUGUUUUAUGCUGACAGGACGUGUUGGAUAGCAGAUCAUGUUAACGGCUCUUCGAGGAUUCAAUGUUCUUUUGCCUCCGAGGAUGCUGAGCACCGUGUGACAGACAGCGACGGCCCGGUGAGGGGAGGGAGUCCUCUACAGUGUUGUUCAGCUUGUGUCACUUCAAGGGGACGUAUCCACUAAUACUGUAACAAAUGCCUGCUUUUAUAUUUUGAAAUGGGUGUGUACGAUACUUAAUGUAACUUUAUUGCGGCGCCUCAUGUCUCUGGAUGUAAACCCCCCACUGUACAUGUGUGUUUGUGUGUCAUGAGGCUGGGACAGACUUCUUUAUUUACCACUAAAGCCGUUCAUCACUGAGUCACCUCUAAUAUUCUGUCCAAGCCAUCCCCGCUCCUCCAUCCCUCCCUGCCAAUUUCCUCUGAGCAGUUUUGACACACUCAUCGCUCCCAGCCGCUCCGGGCGCUCUUUUUUUGACUCCUGUUUUUUUUUUUUUUUUUUUUCUUCCCCCCAUCAUGCAUCGCUGUCGACUGUUACUCGAAAAAACACCAUUAAACUUCUUGUCGUGUAUUGGCUCGGCUGUCAGUCUGGUGGGCGCUGUAAACCCAGCGCAUUAGAAAAUUGAUUGUGCUUUUACGCAACAGCUCUCAUUACGCCCAGGAGCUAAAUGAGCUGUGCAUGCAUGACACGGGGCAGUUCAUUUUGUCUGGGUUUUUUUUUCUUUGCCUUCACUGGAUUGAUAGAGCAAUUACAGGGAGAUGGAAAGAGCUGGUGUGAUGAGAGUUACAGCUCCCUGGGUGAAACGCCGUGGACGGGAAACAGUAUACAAGGUGCAUAUCGGAGGGAAUGUUGCACGUUAAUCAUGAUUAUGAAAACGAAACCUGGCUGUAAAUAGAGCAACCAGAGGAGA